AUGGCUUUUACAGAUGGGAAAGACGAUGGACCUAAAGGAUUUGUGAAGAGAGUGGCUUCAUCUUUCUCCAUGAGGAAGAAGAAGAAGAAUGCAACAAGUUGCACAGAAGCCGGUGAACGAAAGUUACUUCCAAGAUCGAAAUCAACAGGUUGUACUAACUAUGAAUCCAUGAAGCUACCUAAGAAGAUUUCAGAUGUCACAAUCAAAACAAGGAUCAAAUCAUCAUCUGGCGUCACACAGCUACCAAGACGAGAAAAGAUCGAUGAUCGUGGUGGUGAUGGAACGAACAAUAACUUUGGCAAAUGGAGAAGCUUUGAUGACAGUGAUUCAAUAUGGUUAUCUUCAGAUUGUGCAUCUCCUACUUCGCUUCUUGAAGAACCAAGGUUAUCUGUUACGUUUCGUUUCAACGUUGAUGAGAGUGUAGUCUCUUGGUUAUCAAAUCUUGCCAAUACUUCUCUUUCUCUGAAUCAUCAUCAAGAACCAAGUUCCACUAUAGACCGUUGUAGAAUCCCAAGGAACACUAAGGAUCAUUCAGAGAACAUUCAGAAGAAAGCUUGUGCUCCAAACUCCACAGUUUCUGAUUCUAAUACUCAAAGUUCACAAGGAAAGAGAGUUAGCUUCUCACCAUCUUCAGGUACAGAAUUUGAAUCAGAGAAUCUUUCUCCUUCAACUUCUCUGGCUCAUGAGAAAAGUGAGGAUUCUAAGAAGAGUAGUAAUGUUGCUGAUGAGCCGCUUUUCUGGCCGUAUGAGCAGAGAUUUGAUUGGACGCCAGAGGAUAUAUUGAAGCAUUUCUCCAUGUCACCACGGAGAAAGAAGUCAUUGGUUGCCAAAGUUACCUCUCCAAGAUCCAUGAGAGCACAGCUUCUCCAGACAAGGAAAGUAGAUCUUAAAGACGGGUGUAAGAGAAAGCUUGUGUUCAACGGUCCUGUAACAAACGCAUCGAAGAUGCCAGAGCUCAAACGAGCAAUCAGCCAUAGCAGCAGCAACAACAAGAAAAACGACAGUAUCAAGAACGAGCCUGUCAGGAACUGCGUGAAGAGGAACAAGAGUUUGCCGUCAAGACUGAGAAAAUCAAGCAAAACAUGUUCAAAAGUUGUACCUAUAGAAGCUUCUGAAGAAGUGAUCGCAGCAGAGAAAGUCCAAGAAGUGGAAAUAACAGCAAGAAAGCUCAUGAACCGCAGAAGCAAGACUAUGCUGGAAGACGAUUUCGCAUUGAUGAAUGAUUUCUCAAUAGAAAACGCAGUGGGGCUUGCCGAGUUCAGUGGUCGAGAAGGUAUAGAUUCAGAAUUUAACUCUGACACUUUCUUGUUCGAUGAUUCUCUUUGA